AUGUAUGUUCGAACCCAACAACAAAGUCUUGCCACCCAAGUCUCUAUCUUGCUAUUUUCUUUGCAAUUCCCAUCAGCUGAAGUAGGGUUGCCUGAAGGUAUUGAAACUUCGAACUCAGCAACAACCCGAGAAAUGAAGGGAAAACUCAUGGAAGCUACCACUCUGCUUGAACCAAAGGUUGAGCAAAUUCUAGACCAACAUCGUCCCCAUUGCCUUGUUGCAGAUGCUGUAUUUCAUUGGGCUACAAAUGUUGCUGCCAAGUUUAGGAUUCCGAGGCUCGUCUUUCAUGGAGCUGGUUUUUUCCCAUUGUGUGCUUCAUUGAGUGUGAUGUUGUACCAACCUCACAAGAAUGUUUCAUCUGAUUCAGAAUCUUUUGUUAUUCCUAAUCUCCCACAUGAGAUCAAGAGCACAAGAAACCAAGUACCGGCUUUUCUUAAUGUGGAUUCCAAAACAGAACUCUUCAAGCUGGUCAAAGCAUCUAUGGAGGUUGACGAAAGGAGCUUUGGGAUUCUUGUUAACAGCUUCUACGAACUUGAACCAGAGUAUGCAGAUCACUAUAGGAAGGUGUUUGGGAGGAAGUCAUGGCAUAUCAGCCCGGUUUCUUUAUGCAACAAGGCAGAAGAAGAUAAAUUAGCAAGGGGAGAGGAAGGCUCUGCUGAUGGAGUUCAUGAAUGCUUUGAUUGGCUUAAUACUAAGGAACACAAUUCGGUUGUUUAUAUCUAUUUUGGAAGCCUUACCAAUUUCAAUGAUGCUCAACUUGUAGAAAUUGCCUUGGCUCUUGAGUCUUCUCAUCAGCAAUUCAUUUGGGUUGUCAGGAAAGAAAAGAAUGCUAAAGGAGAGUGGUUGCCUGAUGAAGGAUUUGAGCAGAGGUUAGAAGAUAAGGGAUUGAUAAUAAGAGGCUGGGCUCCCCAACUACUAAUUCUUGAACAUGAAGCAGUUGGGGCCUUUAUGACUCAUUGUGGGUGGAACUCUAUCCUUGAAGGAGUGGCUGCUAGGGUGCCAAUGAUCACCUGGCCUGUGUCCGCAGAGCAGUUCUACAAUGAGAAGUUGGUGAUUCAGUUGCUUAGGAUUGGGGUUGUUGUUGGGGCUGAAAAAUGGGAUACAUUUGAGGACGAUAGUCUGAAGAGCGAAGCCAACGUGAAGAUGGAGGCCAUAAAGAAUGCUGUGACUGAAAUCAUGGUGGGUGAUGAAGCAAAGGAAAUGAGAAGCAGAGUUAAAGAGCUUGGAGAGAUAGGAAGCAAGGCUGUUGAAGAAGGUGGUUCAUCGUUCUCCGAUUAA